AAUGAUGCAAACCCGAGAAGAAAGGUUUGGAAAUUGAGGCAAAUGUCUACAAUGCUGCCCAGCUCGAGGCAAUCCUUCUCCUUCUUCUACAACUCCUCCUACUCUUCUUCUUCUUCUUCUUCAUUCUCUGUUUUUCUCUGUCUCACACUAUUUCUUCUCUACACACCUCCCUUUGUCUUUGCCACAAACAAUGAAGCUUCUCUUCUCUUAUCUUGGCUCCACUCUUCUACUUCACCACCACCUUCUUUCUUUUCUAACUGGAAUAUCCUUGAUUCUAAUCCGUGCAACUGGUCCUCCAUAACAUGCUCUCCAAAAGGCCUUGUCACAGAAAUCACAAUCCAAUCUGUCCCUCUAGAGCUUCCAUUUCCAUCCAAUCUCUCUUCCUUUGUCUCCCUUCACAAACUCGUCAUUUCUGGUGCCAAUCUAACUGGAACCAUCCCCAAUGACAUUGGUGGCUGCACUGAGCUACAAGUCAUUGACCUCAGCUCAAAUUCUCUUGUGGGUUCCAUCCCUGCAAGCAUUGGGAAGCUUCAAAAUCUCCGAGACUUGAUUUUGAACUCCAAUCAGCUCACUGGGAAAAUCCCAGUUGAGCUAAGCACCUGUAUUGGCCUGAAAAACCUUGUGCUUUUCGAUAAUCGACUAACCGGGUCUAUUCCAUCAGAACUUGGGAAGCUUACAAGUCUUGAAGUGCUCAGAGCAGGAGGGAACAAAUACAUUAGUGGGAGAAUCCCAGAGGAGCUUGGAGGCUGCAGCAAUUUGACUGUUUUGGGGUUGGCUGAUACCCAAGUUUCCGGCUCUUUGCCUGCCUCAUUCGGUAGGCUUAGCAAGCUUCAGACACUUUCCAUAUAUACCACUAUGAUCUCUGGUGAAAUUCCUCCUGAAAUAGGUAACUGUUCUGAGCUUGUCAACUUGUUUCUUUAUGAAAAUAGUUUGUCUGGUUCAAUUCCACCAGAGCUUGGUAAGCUGCAGAAGCUGGAUCAAUUAAUGUUGUGGCAGAAUAGUCUUGUUGGGGUAAUCCCAGAGGAGAUUGGGAAUUGUAGUAGCUUGAGGAUGAUUGAUCUUUCUCUAAAUUCUCUAUCUGGUACCAUACCAUUAUCUUUAGGAGGGCUUUCAAAUCUUGAGGAGUUCAUGAUUAGUGACAACAAUGUCACCGGUUCGAUUCCUUCGAAUCUUUCCAAUCUUACAAACUUGAUGCAGUUGCAGCUUGAUACUAAUCAGAUCUCCGGUUUGAUUCCAUCAGAGAUUGGGAUGUUGUCAAAGAUGACUGUGUUCUUUGCUUGUAGUAAUCUCCAAGCACUAGAUUUGUCCCACAAUUCACUCACUGGUAGCAUACCUGCUGGCUUGUUUCAGCUGAAAAACCUCACUAAGGUUCUCUUGAUUUCCAAUGACAUUUCGGGUUCGAUACCACCAAAUAUUGGUAACUGCAGCUCUCUUGUUCGGCUAAGGCUUGGAGACAACAGGAUCGCUGGAGGGAUUCCUAGAGCUAUUGGAGACCUUAGGAGCUUGAACUUUCUUGAUCUGUCUGGGAAUCGCCUUUCCGGGUCAGUGCCUGAUGAGAUUGGGAGUUGCACAGAGCUACAAAUGAUAGACAUCAGCAACAAUACUUUAGACGGUCCAUUGCCUAAUACAUUGUCCUCACUAUCAGGACUUCAAGUCUUGGAUGUAUCAGUUAAUCAAUUUUCUGGCCAGAUACCAGCAAGCUUGGCUCGUCUUGCUUCAUUGAACAAGCUCAUUCUAAGCAGGAAUUCGUUCUCUGGAUCAAUACCUUCAUCGCUUGGCCUGUGUUUGAGUCUGCAAUUGCUUGACCUUAGCAGCAACAAGCUCACUGGAAGCAUUCCAGUGGAACUUGGUAGGAUUGAAGCCCUUGAAAUUGCUUUAAAUUUGAGCUGCAAUGGACUCUCUGGGAACAUCCCACCUCAAAUAUCAGCACUCAACAAGCUUUCCAUACUAGACCUUUCACAUAACCAGCUUGAUGGAGAUUUGAGUCCACUAGCUGGGCUUGAUAAUCUUGUCUCUCUUAAUGUGUCUUACAAUAAGCUCACCGGCUAUCUUCCAGACAACAAACUUUUUAGACAGUUAUCACCAAUGGACUUGGCUGGAAAUGAAGGCCUUUGUUCUUCCAACCGGGACUCGUGUUUUUUGAGUGAUGUUAGCAACACAGGACUAGCAAGAAAUCAAAAUGACAUAAGGCGGUCACGGAGGCUUAAGCUAGCAAUUGCAUUGCUGAUCACCCUGACAGUUGCAAUGGUGGUUAUGGGGAUCAUUGCAGUGAUUAGAGCUCGAAGAGAUAUUAGAGACGACGAUGAUUCAGAAUUGGGGAACUCAUGGGCUUGGCAAUUUACUCCAUUCCAGAAGCUAAAUUUCUCAGUUGAGCAAGUGCUUAGAUGCUUAGUGGAUGCCAAUGUAAUAGGAAAAGGGUGUUCUGGGGUUGUUUAUCGUGCUGAUAUGGACAAUGGUGAAGUCAUUGCAGUGAAGAAGCUCUGGCCAACAACAGUUGCUGCAGACAAUGGAUGUUGUAAUGAUGAAAAAUGUGGAGUUCGCGAUUCAUUCUCAGCAGAGGUCAAAACACUUGGCUCAAUCCGUCACAAGAACAUUGUUAGAUUCCUUGGUUGUUGCUGGAACAAGCACACAAGAUUGCUCAUGUAUGAUUACAUGCCCAAUGGAAGCUUGGGCAGUAUUCUCCAUGAGAGGACAGGACAUGCCUUUGAAUGGGAAGUUAGGUACCAAAUAUUGUUGGGAGCUGCCCAAGGCAUUGCCUAUUUACACCAUGAUUGUGUUCCUCCAAUUGUUCACAGGGAUAUCAAGGCCAAUAACAUCCUCAUUGGCCUUGAGUUUGAGCCUUACAUUGCUGAUUUUGGCCUAGCCAAACUCAUUGACGAUGGGGAUUUUGCUCGGUCCUCCAACACAGUUGCUGGUUCUUAUGGGUACAUUGCUCCAGAAUAUGGAUACAUGAUGAAGAUCACAGAGAAGAGUGAUGUUUACAGCUAUGGUGUUGUUGUGUUGGAAGUCUUGACAGGGAAGCAGCCAAUAGAUCCAACAAUACCAGAUGGGCUACAUGUAGUGGAUUGGGUAAGACAGAAGAGGGGAAGCAUUGAAGUCCUUGACCCAAGCCUACUAUCUAGGCCAGAAUCAGAGAUAGAGGAAAUGAUGCAAGCAUUGGGCAUAGCCUUGUUAUGUGUAAACUCAACCCCUGAUGAAAGACCAACUAUGAAAGAUGUGGCAGCAAUGCUAAAGGAAAUUAAACAUGAAAGGGAGGAAUAUGCCAAGGUUGAUGUGCUUCUCAAAGGAUCUCCGGCGAAUGAUGCUCGAGAAAAUAAGAACUCUACUGGAGUUUUAGCAUCAUCAUCAGCAGCAGCAAUGAAAAGCUUGUUUGGCAAAAGCAACAACACAAGUUUUUCAGCAUCCACACUACUUUACUCAUCUUCCUCUAGUGCAAAAAUGGGUUUCAAGUAAUAAGUUAUACAGAGCAGAAGAUUGUGAUGUUUUUAGUUUCUUCAGUUUCAAAACUCUUUGUGUUAUUGAUGUAAAGAAGAAAAGGUUGAUAUUUGUUAUAAUCAAAUGCAGAGAAGCAAAAUA